AUGUCUGUUUUGAACACACGCAACCUUCGAGUGAUCGUGGCGGCAUUUUUGCUUUUCACUGUCGUGGGCUACUUUGCCGUUUCGGCUGGCCACUACUCCGAGUCGGCCACGAGGGUGAAGCCUGCUGCCAACUCUGAUCUCCUUGAGUCAGCUAACACCUUGCAAGGUUCUGCUCAUAAAGGGAACGAGGCGCCAUAUAAGGCUAGUUCUAAUGUUCAGGGUAACAAGGCUGACAAGUUUGAGUCGCCUAAAGCGCCAGGUGAAGCUCCAGCUGCUGAGAAGCCAGUAGCUGAAAAGCCUGCCGUGGCUGAAAAGCCUGCUGAAAAAGUUCCAGAAAAGGGCUCCGCUAUGGGAAGCACUGGCUCUACGAAACAGGGAUCUUCUGGAUCAAGUUCGGGUUCGGGUUCUUGUCAGCAAACCGACUAUGUCAUCAUGAUCGACGCGGGCUCUACUGGUUCCCGUGUUCACGUUUAUUCUUUCGAUACAUGUGUCUCGCCUCCAAGAUUACUUAACGAGGAGUUUAAGAUGCUUAACCCUGGUCUUUCGUCUUUUGAUACCGCUACAAAGGAAGCUGCUGCCUCUUUGGACCCCUUGUUGAAGGUGGCCUUGGAUACCGUGCCAAAGGAGAAGCAGUCAUGUACUCCAGUCGCCGUUAAGGCCACUGCUGGUCUUAGAAUGUUGGGUGCCGAGAAAUCUGACGCUAUCUUGAAGGAGGUUAGAAACCACUUGACUAACGAUUACCCAUUUGCUGUGGUCGAGGGCGACGGUAUCUCUAUCAUGGAAGGUAAAGACGAGGGUGUGUACGCUUGGAUCACCACCAACUACCUUUUGGGUAACAUUGGUACUUCUGAGAAGAUUCCUACUUCUGCUGUUUUUGAUCUUGGUGGAGGAUCUACUCAGAUUGUUUUCGAGCCUGACUUUGCAGACAAGAACGAGGCCUUGGCUGAAGGUGACCACCGCUACGAAUUCACUUUCGGUGACAGAGAUUUUACUCUUUACCAGUUCUCUCACUUGGGCUACGGUUUGAUGGAAGGUAGAAACAAGGUCAAUGGAGCUGUGGUGCAGAAAUCCAAGGAUUCUUCCUUGACCAAGCAUGCUUCCAAGGCUGCUGCUGAAUCUGCUACCGCUGGAACUACCCUUAUGAACCCUUGUAUUCCACCAGGUGCCACUGCCAAGGACGUUGUCGUUCGUGUUGCUGACGACGAAUUCUACAAGGUCAAUUUCGAAGGCUCCACUGACGGUUCUGCUGCUCAGUGUAGAUUCUUGGCCGAGGAGGUCUUGAACAUGGAUGAGUGUAAGCAAGCCCCAUGCUCUUUCAACGGUGUUUACCAGCCAUCUCUCGUGAAGAACUUCCACAAGAACUCAGACAUGUUUGUGUUCUCCUUCUUCUACGACAGAACCAACCCAUUGGGAUUCCCAGGCUCUUUCACCAUGGAAGAAUUGAGAGACUUAACCAGCGCUGUGUGCAAAGGUCUGACCUCAUGGAAGACCGUUUUCUUGAGCGAUGCUUUGCAGGAGCUCGACAAGGAGCCUCAGUGGUGUCUUGACUUAUCCUUCAUCACCGCCAUGCUCCACACCGGUUACAACAUCCCAUUGAAUAGAGAAUUGAAGACCGCCAACAAGAUUGCCGGAAACGAAAUCGGCUGGUGUCUCGGUGCUUCUUUACCUUUGUUGAACCCAGAGAAAGGCGGAUGGAAGUGCAGGGUCAAGGAAAACGGCAUCUAA